GAGAAAAAACACAUGCAAAAGCAGUUUUAGAAACUUGAACAUAUUUGAGUUUAAACGAUAAGGAAGUGCUCUUGAAGAAUACAAGACAAUCAAAUUUCACUUUUCAGAUUACUCAACAGGUAAACAGAUAAUCAUGAGCAUAAUAAUUUCUUGUGCUUUUACAUAGAGUAUUGAAUGAGAUCAUUUUGUUUCCAUAAAAGAAAAUGUACUAUCAUCAGCAACAAGCUAAGAACAUGCAUGCUUCAAGGAUGCACACCCCUAUUGAGAGGCAUAUGAUCAUGCAAGGAGGAAAUGGGACUGGUGAUUCAGGACUUGUUCUCUCAACUGAUGCUAAGCCUAGACUGAAAUGGACGCCAGAUCUUCAUGAACGGUUCAUAGAAGCAGUUAAUCAACUUGGUGGAGCAGAUAAAGCUACACCAAAAACGGUAUUGAAACUUAUGGGGAUUCCUGGACUUACUCUAUACCACUUAAAGAGUCAUCUACAGAAGUACAGAAUCAGUAAAAAUAUGCAUGGACAAACCAGUACUGGUAGCAAUAAAAACGCAUCAACCACAGAAACAGAAGUCAGAAUGUCAGAAGCGAGUGGAAUUCAAAUGAAACAAUUAAGCAUAGGACUCCAGACAAACAACCCUCAAUCCAGAAAUUCAGAAAUAAAUGAGGCGUUACAGAUGCAAAUUGAAGUGCAAAGAAGACUACAUGAGCAGCUGGAGGUACAGCGACACUUACAGCUAAGGAUAGAGGCUCAAGGGAAGUACCUUCAGGCAGUGUUGGAAAAAGCUCAAGAAACACUAGGAAGACAAAAUUUAGGUAAUGUGGGGCUUGAAGAUGCCAAGGUUCAACUUUCUGAACUGGCUUCCAGAGUGUCCACUCAAUGCCUUGAUUCUAAAUUUUCAGAACUGAAAGAAUUGCAAGUAUUGUAUCCUCAGCAAACACAAGCAGUUGAAGCCUCUAAUUGUUCAAUGGGCAGUUUCUUAGCCUACAGUGAGGAAUCUCAAAGAGGCCAAGAAAAACAUAACAAGGGCCUGAAUUUGAAAGCCUAUAAUGGUACUCCAUUUUUAGUUUCAAAAGAGUGUGUGGAAGAGUCUAUGCUUUUAAAGUCUGAUCUCACCUUGUGUGAAAAAGUGAAGGAGAAUAUGAUGUUUUGCUCCUCAUCAAAUGAUAAAGUAGCAAAAGGAAAUUUUUUACCAGAGAGGACAUCAAGCCUCUUAUCCAUGAAUGUAGGAGUUCAAGAAGAAGAAAGUUUUGGGAGAACAAUUUUUUCAAAGGAAGAAGGGUGUAAAAGAAGAGAAAGUAAUGAAAAUAGGAGAGUGCCAGUUAAACUAAACCAUGAGAAAAUUUCUCAAGAUUAUAGAAUGGCUAACUUUGAAGUGAAACUGGACCUGAAUGCUCAUGAUGAUAAUGAUGCUUCUUCCCACUGCCAACAGUUUGACUUGAAUGGUUUCAGCUGGAAUUGCUAGGAUUUCCGUUGAGUAAAAUUUUUGGGAAAAACUUGCGUUAGUUUUUGGAUCAUGUCAAUUACAACCAAUUCACAAUAACUGAAGCUGAGCAAAAUAAAUUGCUCCAACCAUAACAGACUUCAUGUAGAAUUACUCAUGUAUACUACAUCGAACGAAAUUGAGAUGAGUAUAUACUAUGACUGUUGCAUGUAUGAUAUUUUUUUUUUUAGAUACUAAUGGGAUUGGUGUAUGAAGUACUAAUGGAUCCGACUAAUUUGAUUUUGGGUUUGAGUCUCUUCACCUUUUUCAGAAAUUGUGACUCUCAGAAAUCAAAUCUACUACCCUUUGAGUAGGUCAAAUCCUAAGAUCUAACUAGGUUACCAAGAACUCU